UAAAAUGCUCUUCUGCUCAGACUGAUGUGCUUUCUAGUGGGUCAGACAGGAGGAGCGCUUACAUUCUGCACUAAUUUGCUGUUUUCAGUGGCAUUUAUGGAGGCCUUGUAUUUUUGGGUUAGUCUCCUAGUUGGACUCUGUGUUGGGUCAUCUUUUGCUUUAGCACCCAAACCGAGAGAUCCUUUACUUCAAACACCUCAGAUCACAGGGAGCUCCAAACACACUGAGCAACAAAAGUCUCCACUUGAAGAACGACAGCAGGUGAAUACUGUGAGAGUGACCUGCCAUCCAGACUCGUUGGAGAUUGUUAUCAAAGCUGACCUGUUUGGUAUUGGAGCUCCUGUUAAUGUGGAUGAGUUGCGCCUUGGAGUGAAGUACAAUGAUUACUGCCGAGCUACAGCGUCUUCAUUAGAUGAAUACAGAAUCCGUGUUGGACUUGUGGACUGUGGCACCAAGCACUGGAUGACCGAUGACUCUCUGGUCUUCACAAACCUCCUCAUAUACUCUCCUGUGGCCUCUUCAGCGGGGGUGGUUCGAAUGGAUGAGGCUGUAAUUCCAAUUGAGUGUCAUUAUGAAAGGAAGUACAGUUUGUCCAGUUCUUCACUUACACCUGUCUGGAUCCCCUUCACGUCUACCCUAUCUGCAGUGGAAACUUUGCAGUUUGACCUGAGAAUUAUGACAAAUGACUGGCUAUAUGAAAGAAGUUCUAACGUGUUUUACCUCGGUGAGCCCAUUGGCAUUGAAGCCUCAGUCAGAGUGGGACAUCACGUGGGGCUCCGAGUGUUUCUGAGCAGCUGUGUGGCCACACUUUCCCCAGACAUAUACUCCGUUCCCAGAUACGUCUUCAUUGAAAAUGGGUGCUUGGUUGACUCCCAGCUUCCAGGUUCAAGGUCCCAGUUCUUAACCAGGACACAGGACAACAAGCUCCAAUUGGUUGUUGAUGCCUUUAGGUUUCAUAAUGAGGACAGAGGAGAGCUCUACAUCACCUGUCACAUUAAUGCUGUACCAGUAUUUGAUGCAGAGGCACUAAAUAAGGCGUGCACUUUUGUAAAUGGAAGAUGGAGGUCAGCUGAUGGUAAUAACUACUUAUGUGGGUAUUGUCAAAGCCAAAACGAAGUUGGCCAAACCCCCAGUAAGCCCAGCAGCCCAGCCAAGUUUGGUCCUCGUGGGUUUGGGACUGUGGAUGAAACUGAACCCUUAUGGAGGAGUGCAAUGAAGACCAAUACAGUGUGGGAACAGGAGGCGAGAGUUGGUCCGAUGAUGGUCUUGCCAACCAGGCAAAUAAGUGGACCUAUACCUGUGGAAGAGGUUCCUUCAGUUCUUAAUAAAAUCAGCAGACUUGCACUGUACGGCAGUCAGUGGAGAAGUGGAACAAAUGACAGAGUUGAUCAGAAGGGACUGCUUCCUGGUUCACAAUCUACACCAGACCAGGUGGUGGUGGUUAAGACUCUUAGUUCUGAGCAGAAUGAAGAUCUAAAAGAUGGAGAUGCUGAGAAAGCUUUUGCUCCUCUAGAAAAAGCAUCCCCCGAGGUCCACCUGAAAUCAAAGGAAGCAGCGCUGGACAAUAACACAACAGCCCUCGAUGAUGUCAGCCCAACUGCUCAGUUUUCUCUGGCUACCACCGACCUGUUGAAUGCAACUGCAGCAGAAUCUACCAUUACAGACCCAAAAAGAUAAUAAACAAUUUAAAAACAA